AUGUCUUCACUCGAGGCCGCAAACCUCUUCAACGUCAAGGACCUCGUCGCCGUCAUCACGGGCGGUGGAAGUGGAAUCGGUCUCAUGAUGACCAAAACCCUGGCUCUAAACGGCGCCCACAAAGUCUACAUCAUCGGCCGCCGUCAGGAAGUGCUGGACGCCGCCGCCAAAGAGUCGCCCCACGGCAACAUCAUCCCGUUAGUCGGAGACGUCACCUCGAAAGACGCUCUCCAAUCCAUCGUCUCUCACAUCGAGAAGGACGUCGGCUACAUCAACGUCCUGAUCGCCAACAGCGGGAUCGGGGGUCCCCAGUCCAGCUCCAUCACCCGGGAGACGUCGCUGGAGGACUACCAGUCGGCUCUCUGGAGUCAGUCGUUCGACGAAUACACCAAGACGUUCGCCGUCAACACGUCCGCCGUGUUCUUCUGCACCGUCGCCUUCCUCAAACUCCUCGACGCGGGGAACGGGAAGGGGAACGUGGGGCAGACGAGCCAGGUGAUCGCCACGGGCAGCAUCGCCGGCUUCAACAGGCGGGUACCGGGAGGCUACGCGUACGGCCAGAGCAAAGCGGCGACGACGCUGUUGAUGAAGGCUAUGGCGACCAACCUCGUGCCGUACAAGAUCAGGGCCAAUGUCGUCGCUCCGGGACUCUUCCCGUCCGACCUGGCCGCCGGUAUCAUCGGCGACGGCGUCUUUCCAAAGGAGACAAUCCCGGCGGAAAGAGUCGGUACCCCCGAAGACAUGGGUGGGGCCAUCCUGUAUCUCACGAGCCGCGCGGGCGCUUACUGCAAUGGCAACGUGGUCUUACUUGACGGCGGGAGGUUGAGUCUUAUGCCGGGUACCUACUAA